AACCCAAAAAAAGCCCCAACAUCAGAAAUUGAAUACUCAUCUGAAAUCACUGAUUGAAGCCCAAACCGCAGACCCCGCAAACCCUAAUCGAAAAAGAAGCAAAGAUCGAAGCAGCCCCGACGACAUUCGAAGGUGAAAGCGUCGACAUUUUCGCAACCUCACGACCUCGAUUGUAGCCUUGCGACCUCCGUCCGACCAACCUUGCGACCUCCGACCAGCCUCGCGACCUCCCCUCGCGACCUCCGACGAGCCUCGCGACCUCUGACCAACCUUGCGACCUCCGACCAAGCCUCGUGACCUCCGACCAAGCUUGCGACCUCCGACCAGCUGCUCCGAUCUCUGCGUCCGUAGUUUAGUGGUAAGCGGGUCUUCGUAAAUGGAUUUUCUGAUUUCGCAGUUCACAUUUUAUAUUUUCAUUUGAAGAAAUGGGUUACAGAGAUUAUUUUAAAAGUGUUAAAAUUGAAAUGGGUGGCACAGUACUGCUGAAAUGGGUCUUGAUUUUAAAAGAGUUUAAGGAGGAGUGGAAAAGAACCAGUUGCACAAUCAUGUCUGAUGGGUGGACUGAUAAGAAAAGACGUUCAAUUUGUAACUUUCUAGUGAAUAGUCCUAAAGGGACCGUGUUUCUUUAUUCAUUGGAUACAUCAGAUAUCUCAAAAAUUGCAGAUAAAGUGUUUAAGAUGUUGGAUGAUGUAGUGGAAUUUGUUGGAGAGGAGAAUGUGGUUCAAGUGAUUACUGAUAAUGCUGCAAAUUUCAAGGCAGCUGGGGAGUUAUUGAUGAAAAAACGGGAGCAUUUGUAUUGGUCUCCAUGUGCUGCCCAUUGCAUUGAUUUAAUCUUUGAAGAUUUUGAGAAACAUUUAAAGGUCCAUCAAAUUACUAUUAAGAAGGGGAGAAGAAUCACUACCUACAUUUAUGGUAGAGCAAUGCUAAUUAGCAUGCUGAAGAAGUUCACCAAAGGUAGAGACUUGAUAAGGCCAAGUAUGACUAGAUUUGCCACAUCUUAUUUAACUCUUGCAUGUCUCCAUGAAUUGAAAGCAUCAUUAAUGAGCUUCUUUAGCUCUAAUGAGUGGAAAUCAAGCAAAUUUGGAACUUCAAUAGAAGGGAGAAAAAUUGAGCAUGUGGUAUUAGAUAGCCGAUUCUGGAAGAAUGUAACCACUUGUCUCAAAGUUGCUGCUCCUUUGAUGGUGAUCCUUCGACUAGUGGAUUCAGAUGUAAAAUCCGCAAUGGGAUUCAUUUAUGAAGAAAUGGAUUCUGCAAAAGAGAAGAUCAAAUUUAACUUCAAUAAUAUUAAGAAAAGUUAUGAACCGGUUUGGAACAUAAUUGAUGAGAGGUGGAAUAAUCAACUUCAUAGACCUUUGCAUGCGGCUGCAUAUUACCUUAACCCUCACAUGCACUAUGAACCUAAUUUUAGAAAUGAUGAUGUUGAGGUAAAUGAAGGGUUGUAUGAAUGCAUGAAAAGAUUGGUCAAGGAUGUUGCAGAAAGGAAAAAAAUUAAUUUGCAGCUUAUAGAGUUUCAUUUUGCAAAAGGACUUUUCUCAAUGGAAAAUGCAAAAGAUUGUAGGAAAGUUAUGCUUCCUGGAGAAUGGUGGGAGAUGUUUGGAGAUGGAACUCCAAAGUUGAAGCGAUUUGCUAUUCGAGUUUUGAACUUAACUUGCAGUUCUUAUGGGUGUGAGCGUAAUUGGAGCUCAUUUGAAAUGGUGCACACAAAAUGAAGAAACCGUUUGCAUCAAAAAAAGAUGAAUGACUUGGUUUAUGUCAUGUACAACUUGAAGCUCAAAAGUAAACAAAUUAGGAAAACGGUUGCUCUCCCAUUUGAUGAUAUUGAGUCUGAUGAUGAAUGGAUAACGGGAGAUGGAGAUAAUGUUGGGUUUGAGCUUGUUCAAGGUGAAGGUGACGAGGGAAAUGUUGACAUAGUUGGGCCAAGUUAGUUGAUCCUACUUUAGAAGCAUUUGAUCUUGAUAAUAUAGUUUUUGAUGCCAAUGUUGAUGAUGCACACUUAUCAUCUGAGGAAGAGCUUGAUGGUAAUGGAGAAGAUGAUGAAGAAGAAGAUGAUGUUGGAGAUGAUAUAAUUAGAGGAUUGGAGCCAUAAAUUUGAAGUUAUUUAUGCUGUGAUUUGUAUUAACUUAUGUAUUUGGUGUACUUUUAACUUAUAUAACUAGGGAUGUGUGUUGAACUAAGUUAUUUUAGAAUUAUUGAACUAUUAUUUACUUUUUGCAUUAA